AUUAUAUAUAUGGGUGAUCGAGUAAAUUCUGAUGUCUCUGCUAAAGACCUCUAUAUAGACAUGUUAAGCGACGUUCUUGAAAGUGAUCCACCUCACGACCCUUCAGAGUAUCUACUUUAUACUUACGAGAGCUUCCAAGGAUGUGUCGCAAAACUAACCAAAAAGGAAGCAAAGAUAAUAUCCGGUAAGAAUGGUGUUGUUUCCGUAUUUCCCAAUGAUAAAAAGUACGGUCGUACAACAAGGUCCUGGGAUUUCAUGGGUUUCUCGCUAGAUGUUGAGAGAAGCCAGAUGGAGAGCAAUGUCACUAUUGGAGUUAUUGAUUAUGGAAUUUGGCCUGAAUCCGAGAGUUUUCGAGAUGAUGGAUUCGGUCCACCACCCACCAAAUGGAAAGGCCAAUGUCAAACUUCACAUGAUGACGACUUCACUUGCAAUAACAAGAUAAUUGGUGCGCGAUACUUUCGAGCAGAUGGAGAGUUUACCGAGGAUGAUAUAGCAUCACCCAGAGACACAGAUGGUCAUGGAACACAUUGUGCCUCCGUAGCCGCUGGAGGAGUGGUGAAUAUGGCGAGCUUCCUAGGCCUAGGCCUAGGAACUGCGCGAGGGGGUGUACCAUCAUCUAGAAUCGCAGUGUACAAGCCGUGUUGGUCCGAUGGUUGCUAUUUAGCCGAUAUCUUGGCAGCAUUUGAUGCAGCCAUAUCAGAUGGAGUGGAUAUCAUAUCAGUUUCACUUGGAGGUGAUGUAUCAUCACCAUAUUUUGAGGAUCCAGUUGCUAUAGGAGCUUUUCAUGCAAUGCAAAAAGGAAUAUUAACUUCUAGUUCCGCUGGAAAUCGUGGUCCAAGCCUCAACACUCUCGACAACUUUGCACCGUGGCUACUCUCGGUAGGAGCGCAUACAAUAGAUAGAAAGAUUAUCACCAAGGUGCAACUUGGUAAUGGCAUGGUUUUUGAGGGCGUUUCACUGAAUACAUUUGAUCUUGAAAAUAAGACUUUUCCCCUUAUUUAUGGAGGAGAUGCGCCUGAUGCAUCCUCAAAUUCGUCAAGUUCUCGGUUUUGUUUGUCUGACUCGUUAGAUAAAACAUUGGUGAAAGGCAAGAUUGUAUUAUGUGACAAUUGGGUUGAUGGAGAGGAGCCCUUCCUUGCUGGUGCAGCUGGAGUGAUAAUGCAGGAUGUCUACCCCCACGAUGUUGCAGAUAAUUUCCCUUUACCAGCAUCUUAUCUUCGUGUUGAUGAUGCAACUCGCGUUCUUUCCUACACUCGAAACUUAUCAAGUACCCCAUAUGGAACUAUACAAAAAAGUGUUCAAGUGAAGGAUACAUCAGGCCCUUUUGUAGCCUCAUUUUCAUCAAGGGGUCCUAAUCCAUUCUCUCCCGGAAUCCUUAAACCAGAUGUGACUGCACCUGGAGUACACGUCUUGGCGGCACAUUCACCGGUUGCAUCUCUUACUGGAAUUGUAGGCGAUAAACGGUCUGUCCCAUUUUUUAUGCUGUCAGGUACUUCCAUGGCCUGCCCACACGCUACUGCGAUAGCGGCUUAUGUUAAAUUCUCCAUAUGGAAAGAAAGUGCAACUAAAUAGUAAAUACUUAUGUCAAACACCCUACCAAUGAGCAGUGCUACAAAUGAAGAAGCUGAAUUAGCAUAUGGUUCAGGCCAUAUCAAUCCAUUGAAGGCUGUAGACCCUGGACUUGUAUACGAUGCUGAAGUGGAUGAUUACGUGAAUUUCUUGUGUAGUCAAGGCUUCAACGAUACUACAAUUAGACUUAUCACAAGAGAAAGGAGCAGUUGCAAAGAAAGUAACACAAAUUGGGAUCUUAAUUACCCGUCAAUCGCGCUCCCUACAAGCAUAGGCCCCUUUGAUACUGUGUUUACUAGGACAGUCACAAAUGUUGGUUCACCAUAUUCUACUUACAAGGCUAUAGUAACUACACCACAAGGGCAGGCAAUUGCUAUCAAAGUGCAACCAUCUGUUUUGUCAUUCAACUCUGUUGGACAGAAAUUGUCAUUCACUGUGAGAGUUUAUGGGACUAUUGGUAUGAGAGCUUUAAUGUCAGCUUCUUUGGUGUGGGAUGAUGGUCAACAUCAAGUUCGAAGCCCUAUUGUUGUGUUUAAUUUGUCUUAG